AUGUCUACUAUGCUUCAGAUCAGAGAUCUCCUGAACCCAGUGACACCGGAACCGUCGGAUGCUUCCUCAGAUGAGGCCUGCAUGCAGAUGUCGCCUGGACGGAUCGCCGCGGGUAGCGUCUCUGUCAGACACCCAGUACGGCCGCGGGAGUGGUCCUCUAAGCCAGGGAAGCAAAGAGGACCUGUCAACUUCAUGCCCUUUGAGGAGGGACUGAGCCCGGCUGUGGUUCAACAGAUUGUACAGUUCCAAGUACGGCCCUUUGGACAGAUCCGACAAUCUUGCGAACACAUUCCAUACAACAGCUCGAAGAAAGACUUUUUCGGAAAGACGGGCCGCGAGAGUAUAGAUGUGCUCAAGUAUGAAUUCCGCCGGCAAGAUGGAGAAAAUCCAGGAGACUUCACGGUCAUGUGGGAUUACGAUGUUGGGCUGGUCAGAAUUACCCCUUUCUUUAAAUGCCUGGGGUACGCCAAGACCAAGCCUUCACAGAUGCUUGACAAGAAUCCGGGGCUGAGAGACAUCACGCCGAGUAUCACAGGAGGAGCGGUUUCAGCACAAGGGUACUGGAUGCCCUUUAAAUGCGCCAGGGCCGUAUGCGCCACCUUUUGCUUUCCCAUCGCCGCUGCCCUCAUCCCACUCUUCGGACCGACAUUUCCAUCAGAGUGUCGUGUGCCUGGUAGCGCUGGCUACAGGGACAUGACCAUCGAUCCUCGGAUAAUCGAGGAGGCGAAGCGGGACGCUCAAGCCUCACGCUCGAUGCGCAUGGAACCGAGCUCUUCAUUUGCUUCUCGGCCCGCUGCAGCACCGAAGCACCGCCAUGUUCUUGAGCCUCGGCCUGACCAGCGGUCGUACGAGAGAAGACCCCCCGGACUCGAGUGCGAGAGGUUGAUGCAGCCGAGCCCGCAGCGCACCCCGUCGUCGUGGAAAGCGGUAAACGCGGUCGCGUCGCCCAUCACGCCCCCCCGAUCCGCGAACAGCCAACGGCCCCUCAUCUCUGGUAACAUGGAUAGAUUCCGGAGUCACCAGUUUGUCGAGGAUGGCCGGCACGGGCUGGUGCUUGCCGCCGCGGGGGAUGACUCUCCCGAGCGACGUCACGCGCACCAGCGCGAGUUUCACGGGCGGGACUACCCGAACACACCGGUCCGCCCGCAUCUCCACGCGGUCGCCGAUGCGUACGGGAUCAAGCGAAGGUUUUAUUCUAAAAAGAAAAGUACUUCAUAA